CAUGGGGGCAGGGCCACAUGGCGACAAGGUUGCAAGGCAAAACAGAGUAAGCGUGGUGGGCUGCCCCAACCUCCACUCUGUGGCCCAGGUAAAGGCCAUAACAGCAAGUGAGAGAAGACAAGGUGAGGAGUCCUCAGUUCAAGGUGCAUCGUGAUCUCUCACGUGGGAUUCUGGAUUUCUAGAAGCUGCCUCACAGAACCCAAUGGAAAUAUAUUAUCCGGAAGGUGCCCCACCGCCGUAUGAAACAGUGGUGCAGCCCGGGCCCCAAUUUCAAGCCUAUGAAAAUAUAGUUCAUCGAGGGGGGGGCUGCAUGCCCCCCAACCAGCCCUACUACAUUCAGCCCCAGCCGGCAAUUCCAGUAGUAGUAUCCAGACCCUCCCCGCAAACCCAGGUCACCGUCUGCAACACAACGAAUGUGAGUUAUGUGAACAGGCGCCGCUAUUUUGGUAUAACAGGGAUCGUCAUCCUCUGCCUUAUCCUGCUCGCCAUCGCCAUCUGGCUUGGAGUGCGCUAUGGUUCCCAAAUGACAUCAAUGACAUCUUCAGUUUACGAUAUAAAAACGCAGGACAUCUGUCCCAAUAAUACUAUCAUAUGUGACGGACAUCAGGAUUGCAACCUAGGCAGUGACGAAGCAGUGUGUGUGACUUUCGGGCUUAAUAGCACCGUCAUGGUCAGGACCAGUCAGGAUGAGAUUUUCCACCCGAUGUGUUCCCAAGGCUGGGGCCAAAGUUAUGCUGACCAGACGUGUGCUCAACUCGGCUUCCAAAAGAGUUACCAAUACACAAUCGUGCCAAGCCAGGUGUUCCCUACCGCCUCAGUAACCAACACGGCAUCAAAAUUCAUCCAGGGAGAAGUCACUGUCAGCCCCUCAUGUCCCAGCGGAAAGACUGUCUCUCUGAUGUGUACCAACUGCGGUCAGCAGUACAUCGGCACCCGGAUCGUAGGGGGCACUCAAGCCGAACUUGGCCAGUGGCCCUGGCAAGUCAGCCUGCACUACCAGAGCUCACACAUGUGUGGCGGCUCCUUGAUUGCCCCCAACUUUGUAGUGUCGGCUGCACACUGCUUCCUUUGGAAGACCCCAGUUUCCUUGAACCCCAGCAAAUGGGCAGUCUACGGAGGAAUGAUCUCUCAGAACCAGCUGCCUUCCCCGUACCUAGUGAGCAACAUUUACAUAAAUGGGAACUACAACAAUAUCACCAAUGACUACGACAUCGCCCUGCUCAAACUAACACAGCAAGUGGUCUUCUCAAAUACCUUUGCACCAGUCUGUCUUCCUGCCUUCGACCAGACGUUUGCCCCUGGAACUACUUGCUAUACCUCUGGCUAUGGGGUAACAUCGCAGGGUUCAGCAACUGUAUCCACCAACCUGAUGAUGGUGAAUGUGGGCAUCAUCGCCACCUCGAUUUGCAACAACGUCCAUAUUUAUGGUGGCCUGAUCACCAAUAAUAUGAUCUGCGCUGGUUACCUCAGUGGGGGCAAAGACUCCUGUCAGGGGGACAGCGGUGGUCCACUGGUCUGCAAGGGCAGCAACCAGCUGUGGUACCUGGCAGGUCUGACCAGCUGGGGAUCAGGCUGUGCACAGCUGAAUCAACCUGGUAUCUACAGCAACGUCACCGCUUUGCUGCCCUGGAUCUACACCACAAUGCAGGAAUCGAUGUUAUGAUGCCUUCCUCCAUCAUCAGAAAGAUCACUGUGCUAUUAUAGCCAAGCACCUCAUCUAAUAAUGAUCCCUGGAAUCCUUCUCCAAUGGACAAAGACCCAGGAGGACGUGUGGGCAACAUAUGACACAGUGCUUCUCUACAAAAGGCAAAACACUGCAACUACACUGACACUGAAACUGAGAAGGGGUGUCUGCCUAUUUUUGUUACUGUAAUUUUCACACCCUUUUUUGUUCAAAACAGCGCAGUUGAACCAAGAAAUUUCGUCUUGAUAAGACAGAGCCUAAGACACCUGAUUUCGGUCAAACUGAACUUUGAUAAAAUAUGCACUUAGUGCGUCUCGCCUUUGUAGGGCAGGAUAGUAGGACUUGAUAUCUACGCACUUUACAUUGGGCCCACGGUAAUCGUUCUGCUUGGGUUGACCCUCUCACAUCUACAAGGAAAAGGGGACACAAGCCAGCUGCCGGGGAAUAAACAAAAUCAUAAAAGUGGGUCAAGAAAUUUUUAUACAGAUCGAAUAGAAAAUUACAGUAAUAAAUCAUGAUGCAGGGUAUUGAGGUAAAAGAAUCUAUUUAAUGUGGCAACUAUACAAUUCUGCAAAGCCACUGUUUUACCAUUUUUUAAAAUUCAUUGUUUAUGUUAGCAGCUCUUAGUCAGUCACUAAUCGUGUUAAUAAUUUAACCCUGAACAAUAUACACUGACUCUGGUUUUAUGAAUGUAAGGAAGGAUUAAUUGUGACAACAAAGGAAUAUCUCACACUGACCUCACACUUUUCUAUCAUGGGAAUCAUUUCUCUGUUUUUCUGACAUGAACCUCAGGUCUAUUUUUUAUGUCUUUGAUUGCAAUGAUUGUCUGUGAACGUUAUUAAAAUUAUUGUAAAAAACUGA